UCGUUUUAUGUACAUUUACAAGCACGAUUCUGUCUUACUUACAGAUUUACCCAUAUUGAUCUCUUUUGUUAAUGAUUCUUCAACCAAGGUCAGUUAUUAUUCAACGAACAUGUAGGCCGGAUGUUAAUUUUGCGGUGAAAAUCCUCAAUGGGCACCAACUGACCAGUUUCACUGAGGGCUGAUGUUUGCUUGGCGUUUGUCUACCAAGGAUGACCACAAUACCGUUUUGCCUUACUUUCAUCAGACAAUUUGUCGAUUAGACUCUGAACUCGCCUUCGAUCUUAUUUAGUUUCGGAUGGAGGAGGCUACUGUGGCUAAUUCUCUGGUGAACACUGGUGGUUAUAUUGAUCAAGAGCAAGACAGAUAAAUGCCGAUGAACGGUUCGUGUUCAUAGAGUAUGGCUUCAGAGGGGAAGGGACAAGGUGGCAUGGACAAGUCAACCGCCUCCGGAACGCCACGUGCUGACCUAAACGGGACAGCUGCCAAAGAGGAAACAAAGAAAACGGCAUCUCCAGGAAAAGUUUAUCCAAAAUCCGUUGAUGCAAAGCCAAACAAGGACACCAAACCAGCGUUUGCUUGGGGGAAACUGAACACAAAGGCUCUUCUUCCGGGACAGAUCCAGUCGUCGAGAGAUGACGGUGGUGAAGAAACAGGUAAGAGUCCGGAGGCGUCAAACGAUGGUCUCAAUGCUUCUAGGACUCGUAAGUCCACUCUCGUGUUGCCUGGCACGGCACACGGGGAUUCGGACGGGGAUAAACUGUCAGACGGUCCCCCAAGAGACUCUACUUUCGUCUCGAUGGAUUCUCUGUCCAGGCGUUCCGUGGAUUACCGUGUCCCCACCCCGACCGUCCUUCCGGUUAACAACAACGAAGAAGAGAAGACCAAAUCUGUCGUGUAUACAGACGAUGCUUUAAUCCGACUGGCUAUACCUUACUUACCUGUAGGCCUGGCCGUGACAUGUUUGAUCACGAAUAUACUUCUACCAGGAUCCGGUACGAUAAUUAGUGGUUUCUCUAUAUUCUGCUGCGGAAAAGCCCGGGUGCCAACGAAGGAUGAUCACGUGAUAGUGACAUUUUGCGUGAACGUGUGGGUGGGCGUGGCUCAGCUGUUCACAAUCCCUCUCUUCCUCGUUGGUUGGUUCUGGAGUGUGGCAUGGGGAAUCAGGAUGGUCCUACUUGCACUGCAGCAUAGACGAGAGCUUAAGCGACAGCGAGACAAGGACCUGCAGCAGUUGGCAUUGAGCGCGUUCAGCUCGCCACGCCGGCCACGGAUGCCGCCCAUUUGACCAUUGGACAAUCGAAUUAUUGACCAAUGUUAAAACUGAAUGCAGAUAAUUUUGGGGAGCUGCAGCAUGUCAUAUUUUGGACGGUGGGCAGAAUGGACAUAUUACCAUGUUGUGUUUGCUACAUCAACAGAUUAUCCAACUACCAACACUGUGGACAGAUGGACAUGUUAGCGGGACAUAUCAACAGACCAUCCGAGUGUUACCACAGCAGGCUGAGUGAACAUGUGAUGAUGUGUUAGUCACAACAGCCCAUCCGGUUGAUACCAGUGUGUACAGAUGGACAGCUCGUCAUAUCCAGUGACCAUCCGAGUGUUAAGACUGGAUGGUGCGGACAUCAGAUGAUGCAGUGCAUGCCACACCAACUGACCAUCCGAGAACUAAGACGUGAUGAUGUUGUGCAAGCCACAGAGGCUAAGACUGUGGAAAACAUGUACACUUAAUGUCACGUAAGCCAAAUUAAAACCCGAGUGACAAUGGAGAGCAUGGGCCCACGUGAUACGACUGACCAAGUGUUUAACACUGAUGAACAUGUUAUAUGUUUGAGUUCAAGACACAAUGUAAACCCAGAAAACAGCAUGGGUGUCGGCUAACUGGAUGCUGCUUGAAGCUUCGAAUAGAGCAGUGAUGAUAUUGUGCCAAGGGAGACAACUAAGUGUUGAGAGACAGGACAGCACAGACAUAGAACAGCAUUGAUAUGUGAUAUUUUUCCAUUUUCAGAGGUACAGAGGACUCAGGAGACGAGGGUGUCGGUAGUGUUGGUGUCUUACGAUUGGUAAUUUAUGGCCAGGCCGAAUAGCACCACUGUGCUCUGUGACAUCACUGGAAAGCACCAUGUAAUGUGCUCCUGUUCACAGGCCGAAUAUCACCACUGUGCUCUCUGACAUCACUGGAUGUUAAAUUACGAGGUGGGCACAUUCUGCUCCACAUCCAUUUUAUGUCUUUAUCUCAUUUUCUACACCAAAUUAAGAGGCAAACCCUACGUGGCGACGAAUACUAGGUUUACCUUUUGUCUGUGAUACAUACUGAUUACACUACUUCAUGAACUGUCUCAGAU